UGCUGACGUAGCGCCGCCGCCGCUGCUGCAGGGUUCCGGAUGGGAGAGGCAUUAUGGACGUGCAAGUAGCUCCGCUGAGAUCCUGGGACGAUUUCAUUCCGGGCCACGACCGCUUCGCCUUGCCGGAUUUCAAAGACAUUUCCAAAUGGAACAACAGGGUGGUCAGCAAUUUGCUCUAUUACCAGACCAACUACCUGGUAGUGGCGGCUACCGUGAUCUCCAUAGUGGGAUUUCUGAAUCCACUGAGCAUGAUCCUCGGUGCUGCUGUUGUGGUCCUGGUGUUCACAGCAUUUGUGUGGGCAUCGCACAACAAAGACUUCAUUGGCAGGUUUAAGAAGCACUAUCCAGCUGCCUUCGUCGUCGCCAUCAUAUUGUUGAGCUACUUUCUGAUCUCCUUUUUCGGGGGUGUCAUGGUGUUCAUGUUCGGAAUUACGUUUCCUCUGUUCUUGAUGUUUGUCCAUGCUUCCUUGAGGCUUCGGAACAUCAAGAACAAACUGGAGAACAAGAUGGAAGGCAUAGGCUUGAAGAAGACUCCCAUGGGCAUUGUGCUGGACCUUCUUGAACAGCAAGAAGAAGGCAUCACCAAACUGGCUGACUACCUGGCUAAAGCGAAGGAGUAAAAAAACACGCAUGCGACUUAUGGCUCUUUGGGCGCUUGGUUGGGCUUGCCCAGCAUCGCUUUUCAGUCUGGGUGUGUAACAAUACGCAGACUGUGAAGAUGAAGUGUGGCAAAAUAAACAACCCCAAGUUGUUCAAGGAAACCCUGACCAGGAUGGGGAGGUGAUAGUAACCCUUCUGUGACAUGCUAAGAGAUCUGACACACAAAUCCAAUUGGUGGGUCUUAGCACUAUUUGGGGGGGGGGAGGGAAUUGAAGGAAUGCCUUCUUUAAAACUACUUGUCUAUGUUAGUGUUUUUCAAAGUAUUCAAAGUGCACUAAAUGCAAGCAGCCCCUUUCACUCGCCUGUCUGUCCAAGGAGAUAAAUCCAAAAUUAGUAUGAAUGAGGUCUUUAAAGUCCAUUUUACAGUGUUUUGCAGUGAAUCUUAAUGUGCCUCUUGAGUGGUCUGUGUUCCCAAAUGGAGAAGUGGAGAACUCAAAUGUAGUCACAUAACAUGCACAGCUUGUUAGGACAAAUCCUUACCUUCGUUCUGCAUGAGAAUUGCAAGUCUGCAUAGAUAACAUCUAGCAAACAAACAUUCCUUCAGUGAACCUAUGCAGAAUUAAAAUAUUUGGGGGGCAGGGAGUUGCAUAACAACACGAACAUGAUUUUCUGUGCAUGCCACAUCCAACAUGCUUUUAUAUAAUAGAAUUAUGUAAUUAUUUAACUCUGCCCGGCUUGAUCUGCUAUUAAAUAGAAGUAUGAGUCCUUUAAGAGCCUUUAGUCAACACUUAUAGAUAUAUUUUAUAGAACAGAUGAACUGGAAAAUGGACUCUUAAUUUUUGCUGAUAAUGUAUUGUACUGGAACGAAGGGUGGGACUGUCCUGGUUUUAUUUCCUAUAAGGGGAAAAAAACCAGUUCAUGCAACCUUUUACAACAUAUUUAAAGCACCUUGAAUUUUUGCCUGAAAGAUGGUUGAAAACUUUAUUCUAGUCCAACAUUGCAUAUCACACACCUGUAUUUUCUUUCUCCUGUGUAUUUAUGUGCUGUGAUCAGACUUGUUUAUUUAUGCAGCAGAUGUCCACAGAAUAAUAUCUCUCAUGUGAUUCUUAGGAUUGGUGUUAGCAUUGUAGUCCUCUGCCCACUCUUCCUUUUAUUGAGAGAUGUAAUGCCUCAUUCCAUACCUUAAUUGUAAAAUGAUUAGUAUUUUGUUGGAAAUAUGGCUCUAUCUAUGUAUUCUAGGAUUUAAGAGAAGUAAAUUGGUUUUGA